AUGGUCGCUAAUGCUAACUUGUGCACACGUCUCAGUAUCCGGGGUGCUCAGGAGCAGGAUCCUCCAGACCCCCAGCUCAUGAGGCUGGACAACAUGCUGCUGGCUGAGGGCGUGUCCGGGCCAGAGAAAGGCGGUGGAUCUGCGGCCGCCGCCGCAGCAGCCGCUGCAGCGGGGGGCGGAGCCGAGAACUCCAUUGAACACUCGGACUACAGGGCCAAGCUGACGCAAAUCAGACAGAUUUACCACACAGAGCUGGAGAAAUAUGAGCAGGCGUGUAAUGAGUUCACCACCCACGUGAUGAACCUGCUGAGGGAGCAGAGUCGCACGCGGCCCAUCUCUCCCAAGGAGAUCGAGCGCAUGGUGGGGAUCAUCCACCGCAAGUUCAGCUCCAUCCAGAUGCAGCUCAAACAGAGCACCUGUGAGGCCGUCAUGAUCCUACGCUCCAGGUUCCUCGACGCCAGACGGAAAAGGAGAAACUUCAGCAAGCAGGCCACGGAGAUCCUGAAUGAGUACUUCUACUCACACCUCAGCAACCCUUACCCGAGCGAGGAGGCCAAGGAGGAACUAGCAAAAAAGUGCAGCAUCACUGUGUCCCAGGGUGUGGGAACCACCAUCACAGUGUCACAGGUGUCCAAUUGGUUCGGCAACAAGAGGAUCCGGUACAAGAAGAACAUCGGCAAGUUCCAGGAGGAGGCUAACCUCUAUGCAGCCAAGACAGCGGUGACGGCAACCCACGCUGUGGCAGCAGCCAUCCACAACAGCCAGGCCAACUCACCCACCACGCCCAACUCUGGCUUCCAGAUGAAAGAUGAGGAAUUUCAACUGGACUCUGCUGAGAGCAAAAACUCCCUUUAA